UUCAAAUCUCUUCAACCCCUCACUGAGAAUCCUGCAGCAGCUGUUGGCAAAAUGUAUCCACGCGGCAAUCACUGGGCAGUAGGUCAUUUGAUGGGAAAGAAGAGCAUCGAGAGCCCGAAGGAACUGCAGGACACAAACCAGGACAGUGACUACCUCACACCCUCAGAAACAGCUGGGGUCACAGAGUUGGACCGAUACGAGGGUCUGAUGGAGGCUCUGCUGCAACAGAAGAACCAAAAACAGACGAUGCCACAAACUGCAGACAGGCUGCUUUUUCUGCGCAGCGGCUGGAGAGAAGAAGACAGAGACAAAUAUCUCAGAGAGAUGUCAGACCUUCUUCUUCUGGCCUCGAAACUGCAAGAUGACUCCACCUGAAUGCAAGACAAAUUCUGUUUCAAAAACUUCAGAAAUCUUUCAUCUUUAUCUAUAAACAUGUGCCCUCUGUAAUCACAUAUAUCACACUGUAUAGUUUUUCUGCUGUAAGAAUACGUUGGGAAAACCAAUAGAAGUUUAUUUUACCAGUAAUUUCAAAUUUGUAUAUGCAUAUCAUGCGACAGAUUGAUUUUAGACUGACCUGACAAAGUGAUGUCACUUAA